GUGUGGGGCCAGGCGGGCUCCGCUCUUGCUCGGUCGAUCGCGGGGCGGCGCAAGGCUCCUGAGUCCCUGGUUCUAAUUGCAUAUGGAAGGCAGCACUUUGAGAUGCUAUGGCCAUGGCUCAGCUCUCACACACUGGGCAGAAGCAUAAAACCUCCAAGGAAUCAGUGUUGUUUCCACACAAAAUUGCCACUGACCAGCAGUCCAUGGUGCUGGUGAAAAGGCUUUUGGCCAUCUCUGUCUCCUGUAUAACGUACCUAAGAGGGCUCUUCCCAGAGAGCUCAUAUGGAACUCGCUAUUUAGAUGAUCUCUGUCUAAAAAUCCUUCGGGAAGAUAAGAGCUGCCUGGGGUCACUGCAGAUAGUCAAGUGGAUUCAGGGCUGUUUUGAUGCUUUGGAAAAGAACUAUUUACAUAUGGCUGUCCUGGCAAUUUACACCAAUCCCAAGGAGCCACAGAGGGUGACUGAGCUGUAUCAGUUCAAAUUCAAGUAUACAAAGGACGGGCCCCAGAUGGACAUCCUCAGCACCAAAAUGAGCUUUGCAAAGGGGGUGAGCAGUGAAGAGAUUAAGAAAGGUAGCAUCCUGCUGAUCCGUAAGCUGUACCUCUUAAUGCAGAACCUCGGGCCCCUUCCCAAUGACAUUACCCUCACCAUGAAACUCUUUUACUACAGUGAUGUAACUCCUGAUGAUUACCAGCCCCCUGGCUUUAAGGAAGACAGCAGCCCAGAUAACCUGUUGUUUGAUGGAGAUCCUGUCAACCUGAAAGUUGGGUCCAUAUCCACUGGGUUUCAUAUUCUGAAAGUAAGAGUGACAACUGAGAGCAAGAGGAUGAGGACAUUGGGAAGCAGCCUGAUCCAGGAGACCGGCCCUACUGAGAUCUCCCAUCAAGGGCUGGAUUGUGACGAAGAAGAAGAGGGUAGUACCAAGACAUACACCCUGGACCUUGCAUUUAGCCAGGAAGAGACGAUGGGGCCAAGGAAGAAGAGGAAGGUCAGUGAGCCAGUGCAGCUGCUUCCAGCAGGCAGGAACUGAUGGCUUCUGUGGCAUAUAGGAUAUUUUAGAAUGUGCUGAUUUGGAUUAUAACACACCUUAUGCAUUCUUUUAGAGAUGACUGAUCUUUUCUCUUCAUAUUUAACUCUCUAGGCAGUGUACAUAUUUCUAUUUUUACAUAGAUUAUCUCUCUCUCUUCUGGUUUUAAACCUUUUAUUGAAUAGAGAUAACAACAAAGUUACUGUCAGAGCGCUGUAGAUUAGAGAUACUUGUUGGAUGCUCUAAAGCUGAGGACCAGUGAUCUCUCCUGGGCAGCUUCUCUGGGUUUCAUUCCCACACUGACUGUGUUCCUUCUCACUCUCUAACCUGGCCCCCAGCAUCAAUGGCAGUAUUUCAGGAUGAUCUCUCUAAGGUGCCAGCGUCUGCAAGUAGCACAAGUCGUAUGGUUCAGUGUUUGUAUCUAACUGCAUCAGACCUGCCAUUUCCGGAGAAUAGUUCUGGUUUGUUUUUCAAAAGAGGGUUUUUAUCUAUCUGUAUUAUCUGUGGAAAUAAAUUAUCUAGACAUUUUAUGCCACUGAGUAAUUUCUUCUGACUCUGCAAAUAGUGUUGCUAUAGUUAUAUGAUCAAUUUAUUUCUAAAGCAUCACCCCACCUCAUACCAAGAAGCUUAGGCUGUUAUGUGAUGUAAACCAUUUUGAAAUAUAGCACACUUAAAACAUUCCUAUGAUAAAAAGCCUCCCUGGUUACAAUUCAAAUCAAAUGUAAGAGGAUCCAAAGCAAUACAAAGUGGUUUCUGUGCUCUUUGGGGUAAGGAGUCUGUAUUUUGUGUCUUGUACAGCCCUGAGUUCAUUGUCAAUGCUGAACAUUAAUUUAGGGACGUUCUCUGGCCUGUGUUAUACAAGAGGUCAGUCUAGGAUGAUCACAAUGGUCCCUUCUGGUGCUGGAAUCUAUGAAUAGAUAAUAGAGGGGGGAGAGGAAUGUAAUAGCGGAGGUCAGUCCUGAUCAUACCGAUUUAAAAAAAAAAACACCUUCUGGGGAAAAGGUUUUAAAUCAGUUUAUAAUCAUGGUGGGGAGCAAGAGAGACUAGGAUGGAUAGCAAUGGAGACAAGAACCAAGGACCCACCACAGCAAAGAUUCCACUUAACGGCUCAGAUACCAUAGUGAUGAGCACAGUCUAAUGGCAGUCAAUGUAGGAUAGCUCACACCCCACCUGCCUUUCAGCUAUCAGGGGAGGGUAAGGUCUCGAAUGUAGAGCUGUUACCCGGGGUUGUCAGAACCCCCAACAGGGGCAACUUAACUAUUUUACUUUAGGCAGUGUAAGGAAUAAAUUAAGAGGAACUUAGUGAUUUUGUCUAAUUAAGGAGUAAUGUAAGUAAACAUGCUCUUGUUUAACACUGCAGUUUAUUAGAUUUAAGCACACAUAGACAUAAGCAAUAGGUUUAGAACAGGGGUCUCAAACACGUGGCCCGCGGGGUUCUUUCGUGGGGUCCGCCAAGCUCCC